GAGCUUCACUAGUAAAGCAAAGCAUUCAGCAAAAUCCAUCCAAAAAAUUGCUCACAUGGGAAGUUUGAUGAUGAAGCUGCUAUUGUUGAUGUUGGUUAUUUGUGGAUCAAUCCCAUGUUCUCUUGGAUUUGAACCACUUGAAAUCUUGGCUUCACAAAAGGGAGGAAUAGAGAAAACUGGUCGUCAACUUUCAGGAAAAGCAGCAAAUCCCAGUGAAGAUGUGAAGAAAAACCAUGAGAAUAUGAUCGGAAAGCUGAGGGAAUAUGGUGAAAAUCUGCAACAUGCCGCAGACUCCAAGCUAAAUAUUGAUGGCAAUUUCAGAUGCAACAAUCAAUUUGGAACGCAGCCCACUGAUUCCCUUGGUAGUAUCAGUUGUCAUGAUAAUCAUGGUUGAUUAUGCA